AUGUCCUUCGAGCCGGAAUCGAACCAGCGACCUAAGGAUAUCUGGAAUGCAUUCCACUACAGUCCUCCGCUCUACCAGCUGAGCUAUCGAAGGUGCUACAUACUCAACUUUGACUCCAUCCUAGCUCUCAGCCCCGCCUCCCGCUUCCCUGGGCUGCCUGGUGUGGUGGUCAGGGUCCCGCAGGGUAUUCCGCCGGCUCCUUCCCCGCCUGGGUCACCCACCGAGAGGGAGAGGCAGCCGCUUCUAGACCGCUCCACCACCCGGUACAAGAACUGCUUCCCUGACGACCCCGAGUUCGCCGAGGUGGUGAGGAGGGCGGAGAGGGCCAUCAGCCGAGGCAUCUUCCCCGAGAGGAUCUCCCAAGGCUCCAGCGGGAGCUACUUCGUCAAGGACGAGCAGGAGGAGAUCAUUGCAGUGUUCAAACCAAAAACCGAGGAGCCUUACGGUCAGCUAAACCCCAAGUGGACGAAAUGGUUACAGAAACUCUGCUGUCCCUGCUUCUUUGGUAGAGAUUGUCUUGUCCUGAAUCAGGGGUAUCUGUCAGAAGCCGGAGCCAGUCUCGUGGACCAAAAACUAGAGCUUAACAUUGUUCCCCGUACACGGGUUGUAUUUCUAUCCAGUGAAACCUUUAAUUACAGUGCCAUUGACCGUGUAAAGUCUAGAGGGAAGAAAUUGGCAUUGGAAAAAGUGCCAAAAGUGGGUCAGCGUUUUAAUCGGAUAGGAUUGCCCCCCAAGGUGGGCUCCUUCCAGUUGUUUGUUAAAGGCCAUAAAGAUGCAGAUUAUUGGCUGCGGAGGUUUGAGACGGAACCACUUCCUGAAAACACAAACCGGCAGCUCCAGUUACAGUUUGAGAGACUGGUGGUUCUGGACUUUAUUAUUCGGAACACAGACCGAGGGAAUGAUAACUGGCUGAUAAAGUAUGAUUAUCCAAUGGAGAAUGCAGCCUCCAGGGACUCAGACUGGGUACUGGUCCGAGAACCGAUCAUCAAGAUUGCUGCUAUAGACAAUGGUCUCGCUUUCCCUUUAAAGCAUCCAGAUUCCUGGAGAGCGUAUCCAUUUUAUUGGGCAUGGUUAUCACAAGCCAAAGUCCCAUUUUCCCAGGAGAUCAAAGAACUCAUCCUGCCCAAAAUCUCAGACCCCAAUUUUAUGAAAGACUUGGAGGAAGAUCUCUAUGAGCUGUUUAAGAAAGAUCCCGGCUUUGACAGAGGACAGUUCCACAAACAGAUUGCAGUAAUGAGAGGACAGAUCCUAAACUUAACUCAGGCACUUAAAGAUGGGAGGAGCCCACUGCAGCUCGUCCAAAUGCCGCCCGUAAUAGUGGAAACAGCACGAUCACAUCAGAAGAGUGCCAGCGAGUCCUAUACUCAGAGCUUCCAGAGCAGAAAGCCAUUCUUCUCCUGGUGGUAAAAGACUUAACCGUAAGCGCUGUCUGGCAUGGAUAGCGACGAGGGCUGUAAAGCAACCUCGUUGACCUCAAAACCAGCCUUUUUGUCUGGGUGGUGGCGAGCGAAGCAAAUUUACAGCCCAGGUGUUGGGAGCACUUUUACGAAAGAAUAAUUCACUGUCUGGAAUGUAUACAUAUUCUCAGUACAUUCCACCUGCAUGCAUACGAGAGGGAUACUCUGCAAGCAGUGUGACAUCUUAGAUUAU